AUGGAUCUGGGAGUCGUGGACGAGAGAACGAUCGCCCAGCAUGCCGUAGAGUCAGAGAAGACCGGCAAGGGAGACACCUUCAAGUACGCGUGGGUAAUGGACAACAUCAAGGACGAGAGGGAGAGGGGAAUCACAAUCGAUCUCGCGUUCCAAAAGUUUGAGACACCAAAGUUCUUCUUCACCCUGAUAGACGCGCCCGGCCACAGGGACUUUAUCAAGAAUAUGAUCACCGGAGCAUCCGAGGCCGACUGUGCAGUCCUGGUCCUCUCCGCAAAGGAGGGAGAGACGGACACCGCCAUCGCGCCUGGCGGACAGGCGAGGGAGCACGCAUUCCUGCUAAAGACGCUGGGCGUAAACCAGCUCAUAGUCGCAAUCAACAAGAUGGACGUCGGCAACUACAGCGAGGAGUCAUACAAGAACGCCUGCGAAAAGGGAGAGAAGCUAAUCAAAUCGGUGGGCUACAAGGCAGACGCCGUUCCGUUCGUACCCGUAUCCGGCUGGAAGGGGGACAACCUGGUAAAGAAGUCCGAGAACAUGCCGUGGUACAAGGGCAAGACGCUGCUUGAGGUGUUUGAUGAUUUCAAGAUAUCCGAAAAGCCCACAGGAAAGCCGUUGCGCAUUCCAAUCCAGGACGUCUACACGAUCACCGGCGUCGGCACCGUCCCCGUAGGGCGCGUCGAGACCGGCACGAUGAAGGUAGCCGACAAGAUCGUCGUAAUGCCCUCUGGAGCCGUCGGGGAGAUCAAAUCCAUCGAGACGCACCACACCCAGUUGCCCACGGCAGAGGCGGGCGACAACAUCGGGUUCAACCUGCGGGGAAUCGACAAGAAGGACAUCAAGCGCGGCGACGUACUGGGAACGCCCGACGCACCGCCGCGGGUCGCAAAGGAGUUCUUGGCGCACAUUAUAGUAAUUCACCACCCCACGGCCAUAGCCCCGGGAUACACGCCCGUGAUGCACUGCCACACCGCACAGGUAGCCGCCACCAUCUCGGAGUUCGUCUCAAGGAUAAACCCUGCCACAGGAGCGGCAGAGGAAGAGUCACCCAAGUUCCUCAAGGUAGGCGACUCUGCCAUCGUAAAGAUCAGGCCGGUCAGACCUACACCGAUCGAGACAUUCAAGGAGUUCCCGGAGAUGGGCAGGUUUGCACUGCGUGACAUGGGAGCGACCAUUGCCGCCGGUGUUGUAAAACAGAUUACCGAAGAGCACAAAGUGUAG